AUGGCCGUCGACUCGAUACCGGAUUUCCUCGCGGAGCAAAGAGACAAGGCACCGGAAGAGCUGCAGCCCCUUAUACUUGACUUCGAAACAUUCUGGGAGCGCAAGCUAUGGCACCAGCUCACAGACUCGCUCGUUCAAUUCUUCAAUCACCCCAAAAGCGCCCCUCAGCGUCUGGCCUUCCAUAAGGUGUUCAUUCUGAAGUUUGCGGAUAAAAUUAACCAGCUCAAGCUGGUAGACCUUGCCUUAAAAGCCGCGACGCAGUGUAAAGAUGACCAAGAACGCCUAUCAUUUUUACUAUCUGUAGUGAAGAAGGUCGAUAACGACACAUCACAAGACGCUCUCGUGUUUGCGUCUGUGGCCGUAUCCCGCGUGAAGCUCAACCUCAACAGACUGGAUGAUGCCCGGCGAGACUUGGAUGCUGCCGAGAAGAUAUUGGAUACCUUCGACUCAGUAGAGACUGUAGUCCACGCAGCAUUCUAUGAUGCCAACGCAAGCUAUUACCAGAGAAAAAUGGACUUUGCAAAUUACUAUCGUACAUCGCUUCUGUACCUAGCUUGCAUCGACUUGGCAUCUCUCUCAAGUGAGGAACGUCACAGACGAGCCUACUAUUUAAGUGUUGCAGCCUUGGUGUCAAGCAGCAUCUACAACUUCGGAGAGCUCUUGCUUCAUCCGAUUCUCGAUUCCCUUGCCGAAAGCGAGGACGACUCUUGGCUCCGCGACCUGUUGUUCGCGUUUAACCGGGGCGAUCUUAUAGCAUUUGAUGCUUUAUCCGACAACGUUGCAUCUAACAAGCUACUGAAUGAACAUUCAACGCAUCUACGACAAAAGAUUUAUCUUGCUGCGCUUACUGAAGCCGUCUUUCGACGGCCUCCACACGAUCGUACCAUGACCUUCUCUACAAUCUCACACGAGACAAAGGUCAAGCAGAAGGAAAUUGAGCACUUGGUCAUGAAAGCUUUAAGUCUUGGUCUGUUACGGGGAACAAUUGACCAAGUGGACGAAGUUGCACACAUCACUUGGGUACAACCAAAGGUGCUUGACAUGAAGCAAAUAGGCAACAUGCGCCAACGUCUGCUCGACUGGGACUCCAACGUUAAUCAGCUUGGUAACUGGAUCGAGACCGCCGGGAAAGAUGUUUGGGCUGCUUAA